AUGAGCAAAAGAGCUAAUUUGCCGUACACGUACCAGGACUUAUUUCCUCAAGCAACUCUGUCGCCUCGAGAUUUCCGUACCCCCGGCUCUGUAUCAGGGGUGUCGUUCACGGAAACCGUCCGCAAUGGAUCGAUAGCAUUCACUCCAGCCAGAAACGCCGGCAGCGCCAGCGAGAGCCGUAUAGCCAAUUGGAAGACAAUGUUCAAAAGACUUUUCAAGCCUCGCACGCUUGAUUUUGAAACUGCCAUAUGGGAGAUCUUCCAUCUUAUCGUCAACCCAAAGAAAAUGUACCGGUCCAAUUACAUGUACAAGCAGCAGAACAACGGCAAGACCACCUAUACACGAGACGAUCCUUCGUUUCUUAUCCUCGUGACUGCAUUCCUCUGCAUCAGUGCCAUUGCGUGGGGCGCCACAUACUCGCCCAAUGUUUGGGACAUUAUAAAGUUGGUCAUUAAUAUGGUGGUGUUUGACUUCUACGUGCUGGGCGUGUUCAUCGCUACGUUACUGUGGGCUAUCUCUAAUAAACUCUUCAACCCACAGUUCCGCUUGCUGCAAGCGUUUUCUGCGGCCUCUCACUACUCGGUCAACUACAUAGACUGGGGCUUUUGUUUCGAUGUUCACUGUAACUCGUUUUUGAUUAUUUGGUGCAUGCUCUACUUGUUGCAGUUCUUCUUGCUCCCGGUGCUCACCAUCAAGACCUCGUUCUUAUCGUUAUUGUUGGGAAACACCUUGUAUUUCACCGCCAUUGGCUACUAUUUCGUGGUAACAUUCUAUGGCUUCAACUCUUUGCCCUUUGUGGGAACUACCCACUACAACCGCAACCUGACCGGUACUAAUCCAGGCAAAAUCCUCCAGCUCACCAUUUUGGCCGGUAUCAUGCCUCUUUUGGCCUUCUUGUGGCUCUUAAGUGUUGUGUUCCGCUUCAAUGUGGCCUACACUAUGGUGGAUAACUACUUCAAUUGA